CUUAUGUGAAGCGUAAUGAUUGAUCGAUUACUUAAUAAUAGAAUUAAUUGUGACGUGACCAAACACCGCCAGCUGAUGAGGAAACAUCUGUUUUUAUGGCCAGCGGCCUCCGGUUACCAGCUCCACGCGUAUAAAAAUCAUAAACAGGUCGCCAAGAAUCAAAGAGCAAUUUGGCACGACCAGUCACAGUCGAAACUUUCUCAACUUUACAACACGACUGUUUUUCAUCCACAUAGAGCAAACGAAAAGUGCUUAGAUCGCUAUCUCAAGAUGACUCAUCUCGUUGUUCUGGUAGUCAUGGUAAUCUUGGUUGUCUCCGUGCAAGGCGAUCCCGAAUGUUCUGGGUGCAUGGUUAAAGGCACGUGCCAUGAAUCAGGCUACACGGAGAAGUCAAAGAUCCAUGGCUGGUUCCAGACAUGCACUUGUGAAGGCACUGACUGGAGAUGUGUAGCCGUCGGAGAGCCUGUCUUUCAAGAAACGAGGACUGCUGUAAUGCAGUUAUCUCCCCACAUAUGCAUAGGAUGUAUGGUUGAUAAUCUCUGCAAGCCAUUUGGCUUCAAGAAGGUCAAACCCAUCGCAGCAGGGACGGAAACGUGUACCUGUGACGGAAUUGAAUCGUGGGCGUGUACAGCUGUGGGUAACCCAGUGGCUGAAAACCCGGCACCUACCAUGACACUACCCCCUGAAAUGGCACCUUAGUGUGACAAGUUAGAAAACAAGAGUCAGACAGAACAUGAGGUGUGUUCCAUUGUAUCUGUCAGUAACGUGCAACAUCGUUUGGAUAUUAAUGCAUGUAAAACGUUUAUUCUACUUGAAUACAACGAAUAAAACAGAAUCAUGACAAA